AUGGGGCACAAUAAAGUUUCUUUCAAGAAUCCCUCAGUCAAACGAACACCAAAGCCUAAGAAUAAAAUAGGAAGGCCAAGGUUGAAUCCAAAAUUGACCAAUUGCACAAGACUUGGGAGAGGUAGUGGAAGAGGUGGUAGAAGUGGUGGAAGAGGUGGUGGAAGAGGUAGUAGAAGAGGGGGUAGAAGUGGUGGAAGAGGGUCUACCAGUGUUUAUGAAGAAGGUGAAAGUUCUGGGAAAAAAGAAACUGGGAUUGAGACUCAAUUUGUCACCCAAACAACACCUAAUGUUGAGAGUCAAUUUGUCACCAAAGCAGCACCUACUGUUGAUAUUGAACAUGAUGUGCCUUUUGUGAGUGAACAUGUACCAGAAACACAGGAGGACAAUGAUGAAAACAAGGAGGAGAGUGACUAUGAAAAUGGAGUUGAAGAAUCACAGGUGGACAAUUAUGACGAUGGAGCUGAGGAUGAUGAAGAGGGAGUUGAUGAUACUCAAGUUAGAGUUUGA